AUGCCUAACAUUCAUUUGGAGUCGUCCGAUAACGAAAUUUUCAUUGUUGAUAAACAAGUUGCAAAACAUUUGGGUAUUGUCAACACCAUGCUCGGAAUCUGCGGAAUGGAAGACCGUGAUAAUAUUGUUGUGCCUUUGCCAAAUGUAAAUUCGGCCAUAUUACGAAAAAUAUUGGAAUGGGCCUGUUAUCACAAGGAUGAUGUGUCUACUGACGAAAAGAAGCGAACUGAUAUUUUGGCAUGGGAGGCUGACUUUCUUAACAUAUGCCAAGUCGAUCUAUUCGAACUGAUUUUAGGUGCAAACUAUCUGCAUGUGAACGAUUUGUUAGAUGCUGCUUGCGAAGCAGUGGCCAAAAUGUUAAGAGACAAGACACCAGAAGAAAUGCGUGAAAUGUUAAAAAUUAAAAACGAUUUUACAGCUGCCGAAGAAGAGGAUUUACGACAAUUAAACGAAUGUUUGGAAGCGAUCUGA